CUUUAAAGUCGGGCCUUUCGAAAGCAUCGCACAAAUACUCGACAACGUUCAGAUGACCUUCGCGCGCUGCAACGUGCAUAGGAGUGUCACCGGAAACCGAAUGCCGAAAAAUCGUCCAAUCCUGAACGUCGUACUUUAAAUACACCAUCGCAAAAGGUACGACGAGCAUACUUAACGAGGCCGCAUCUUUCACACUUUUUCAAACCGUGAUUCUACAAACGGCACUCGUCUCUAUCGGUCUCGAAGAAGAAGAAGAAGAAGAAGAAGAAGAAGAAGAAGAAGAAGAAGAAGAAGAAGAAGAAGAAGUCAAAAAACGACCGAGUCUGAAGCAGAAGAAAAGCAUACGAGGAACGAGUAUCAAGAGGGAAGAGAGGGAAGUUGGUGGAAGUGGUGGAAGAGAAGAAGAAGAGGCCUUAGAAGAGAAGCGCAAACUGGCAAGAAGAGAAGUAGGGAGGAAGAGAGAGAGAGAGAGAGAGAGAGAGAGAUAGACAGUGAAAAGGAAGAGCCAGCAGCUACAGCUUCCUCGUAACAGCUUCUACGAAGCUUUGCUUCUAUUCUUGAGUUAACGUUUAGACGUUCGUAAAUCGGCAACUCGGAGGGGGUUUUACAUGCGUCAUCGUCGCACGGGUACAAAUCGCACGCGCCUCGACGUCCCGACGACAGUACACGUGCGCAACGACGUACUACGUCGGCCCUGCGCUGGUAAUACGGAACGUCUCGACUCUUCUUCAAGGACACGCGGUGAUAAAUGCGGUACUGCCGCGAAUGACGCCGACCGCGUUCUCCAAAAUGAUCGUCUUCUUCUGCCUCCUACUCCUUUGCAAAGGUCAACCCGUUGUCGAAGUACCUGGAGAAAAUGCAACGGUUAUGACAGAUGUUGAACAAAUUACGUUAGAAAAUAAUGAGACAAGAGAUCAAUCGACGAACGAUACCCUCCAAGGAACACCAACACCCGUGCACUUCCUUCAUGUGCCUAAACACACGGAAACGCAGCUUGGCUCGUCCGUUCUUUUGCCAUGCAGAACGACGAAUCCCGUUGCUGAAUGUCAAUGGUCCUGGCAGCCAUUACCGCCAAUUCAUCUGCCGCUUCCGGACAUCAGUGAGAGUCCAAAUGACUCCAUGAUAACUACAACGUCACCAACGUCGACAACAGCCCCAACGGCACAUUCAUUGCCGGUCAGACGAUUUCCAGCUUUUGGAAACAGCAGUAACGAUUGUUCCGUCCGAUUUUCGAGUAUGAAGCACGAACAGACUGGAUACUGGACUUGUGCCGCAAGGAAUUCAACGAACGAUCCUUUCACCGCCACGGUACCCGCCAAGUUAACCAUCGUUAACGAUCAAGGAUCUCUCAUUACCUUCGUUAAACACGAAGAAGCGAUAGAGGUCGUAGCAGGCUCCUCCGCACAAAUAAUGUGCAGAACAAAAUUACCUGUACGUGAGUGUCAAUGGUCUUGGCGAAGAUUGAACCAAUCCGAACCUUGGAACUUAGAAGUAAAGAAAUUUCCAGCUUUUGGAAACGACAGCACCGAUUGCAGCAUCAAGUUCAAAAACGUUCUAGCGGAACAAGAAGGCUAUUGGAGUUGUGGCGCACGUAUAGAUCCAAACUCGUCAUUUGUACGAUCGAAUCCAGUUCGAUUUUUGAUAUCUGAAGUUGAAUUCGUGCAGUUGUCUCGAGGCGUACAAGUGGCUGCCGGUGAAUCCGUGCUCCUAAGGUGCUUGGUCAAUAAACCCGUAAUACGCUGUGAAUGGUCCUGGAGAGCAACGAACUCGAGUAAGGAACCUUUACUCGUAAAGACGUUCGCUCCAAAUAAAGAUGCCGAUCACGACUGCUCCGUACGAUUUAAAAACAUCCUUUACGAGGAAGAAGGACUGUGGACUUGUGGAAUUCGAUUGUCACCUGACGGUAUACUCCAUGAAGCACCAUCGGCAACUGUGAGUCUUUUACCAUCGGCUAAAGUGAACUUGGUGGAAAUACCAACAGAUAUCACAGUGCCUCUAGGUACCGAAGUUACCUUGAAAUGUAUCACUAAUAGCCGCGUAGAGAAAUGUGUCUGGAGUUGGAAAGCACUUCAUGGAAACGAUCCUGAGAUCGUGCUUCGAGAAUUCCCAAGUAACGGUGAUCUUGGCAGGGAUUGUUCACUCGUUCUUUCACAUGUUCGCAACGAGGAACAAGGAUUGUGGAAUUGUCAGGUAUCCAUACCGUCACUUAAUACGAUGCUGUCUUCUCCAUUCGUCAAACUGUUAACAUUCGAACAGGACGAAGUGAAAUUUUCAGAACUCUCGCAGGACAUUCAAAUAUCAUCGGGUGGUACCAUACUCCUACGAUGUGUAACAUCAUUGCCAGUAGAACAAUGUCGAUGGUCCUUGACACCAGUGAAUUCUAAUACGACCGUAGUGGUGAAACAAUUCCCAGCAGCCGGAAGCGAAUCAAGGGAUUGCAGCGUCAGGUUGAGCCAUGCCCUGGCCGAGCAAGAAGGUCUUUGGACCUGCGGUGCCAGAAUACAUGGUCGUGAGAAUUAUACGGAUGCACCGCCAGCGAAAUUAAGUCUCCUUGAGCCAGAACCUGUGAUAGUCACCCUUUGGGCAGCUCCUCAUCAAAUGGUCAAGUUGGCUUGUAAAUUAGGACAAGUUCCUGUAGGAGCUCAAUGUCAUUGGAUACAUGCACCAAAUAUCUAUAUACAUCAAAAUGUUACAAAUACAGCAAAAAAAGACAGGCACAAUCUUCAAAUGGAUUAUUCUACUGGGAUAUGCACAAUAGAAUUCAAACCUGAUUAUUCAGACUUAGGACAGUGGACUUGCAGAUUUACAAGAGAUAACAAAAAUACUGACAUAGAAUUGGGAAGUGCAACACUCAUCUUACUUAAUACACUUGCUGAUGAAAAACUUGGAUGGAUUGUUGGUGCUUUAACUGCUAUUAUUUUAUUUUUAAUGAUUAUUGUAGUAGUUAUAGUAGUUUGUAAAACUCGACUUUUUGUAAGAUCACCAGAAAUAUUAGAAACAAUGCCUGCUUCAAGAAAACAACAAAAUUUGCAAUGCACCAACGACAGAAGAAUAGAGCAUGAUAAUUGUAGUAAUAUUACUAAUAGUAAUAAUAUUUUACCAAACAGAAGCCCACACUUGUACGAAAGAGUAGAAAAAUAUAAUGUUGUAACACCAAAAUUAUAUGAAAACUUUGGAUUGUAA